ACGAACGCGUGUCGUUCUUAAAUCUUUUAGUUACAAUAAGACAAAAAUGGAUCAUACCAAGCGGGAAAUACCAGUGUGCGAGGUCUGCCAAAAGCCGGCCAACCAAACAUGCGGAGGAUGCAAGUUAGUCUAUUACUGUUCGAAGGCUCACCAAAAACAUGCGUGGAAAGAAGGACAUAAGUAUAUCUGUAGAACUUAUAAAAUUGAACACUCAGAUCAGAUAGGAAGACACAUGGUAGCCAUCAGAGAUAUAAAACAGGGAGAAAUUAUCCUACAAGAAAAACCAGCUGCUAGUGGUCCGCGAAUGUCCUGCGCUCCUCAUUGUUUAUCAUGCAACAAAAAGCUUGAGCCAAUAGUGAUAGAAGAUAAAUUAGAUUUCUAUAAAUGUUCCUCUUGUAAAUGGCCUAUGUGUAAUAUUGAUUGUGAAAAAGCUGAACCUCAUCAAGAAGAAUGUAGGCUUAUGACUAAAACCAAUUAUAAGUGCAAUAUCAAAUAUGAGUACCCUGAUAAAAUGGAAGCUGCAUAUUGUGUGAUUGGUCCUAUGAGAGUUUUGUUGAUGCAGAAAUCCAACCCUCGUCAGUUUCAAAGUAUCAUGUCUUUGGAAUCCCAUUUGGAGGACCGAAUAAAUACAUCUCUGUAUAAAGUGUUAAAGGCUAAUCUUAUUACUUUUAUUUCUCGUGUGCUAGGAUUGCCAUUUGAUGAGGAGACUAUUUUGAAAGUAGCAUCGAUAUUUGAUACUAAUUCAUUUGAUGUUAGAUCUCCAGAUGGUUCUAAAAGGCACCGUGCCAUAUACGUGAUGGCAUCGAUGAUGAACCAUAACUGCAAACCUAACACAAGGCAUGUUUAUUUAGGGGACGUUAAUACCUUAGCUCUCAUAGCAACCGUACCAAUAUCCAAAGGUGAAAUGAUAACAGCUACGUAUACGCAAUCAUUAUAUGGUACUUUAGACAGAAGAAGGCAUUUAAAAAUAAACAAAUGUUUUGAUUGUAAUUGUGAAAGAUGUAAGGACCCAACUGAAUUCGGUACAUACUUAGGUAAUAUUAACUGUUCCAUUUGCAAUGGAUCUUCAAAAAAUAAUACAGAAGCAAAAAUGAUUUCAACAAAUCCUUUAGAUGAAAAUGCACCAUGGCAGUGUGAAAGAUGUGGAUAUUGCAUACAAAGCCGGCAAAUGUUUUGGGGUAACAAUGCUUUGAAACAAGAGCUUAAUGCACUUAACAAAUCAGGACCUAAAGGGUUCGAGGAAUUCAUAGAUAAUUACACGGCAACACUUCAUUCCACGAACCAUUUAGUAAUUCAAGCUAAGUUGGCGUUAAUGCAAAUUUAUGGGAACUAUAAAGGAUAUACGUUAUCGGAUCUUCCUGACUACUUACUAAACCGUAAAAUUGACAUCUGUCAUGAACUUCUUGAUGUAGCCGACAAAUUAAAACCUGGUUGGUCUAGGUUUCGUGGCACUAUACUCCUGGAAUUGCAAGCGGCUAUGACAAUGCAAACUAAAAGAGAGUUCGAAGUUGACAAAAUAACCAAAGCUGGAGCACAGGAUCAAUUAAUGGAGAGUAUGACGUUGUUACAAGAAGCAACAAACAUUCUGAGAAUAGAGCCUCAUAUGAAAGAAAUAUUGGAGACCAAACUUCAAGAACUUUCUACCUUAUUAGACUCGACGAGUCUUUAA